CCUGGUAGCUGUGGGAAAAUGCCUGAGCCCGCGAAGUCUGCGCCGGCCCCGAAAAAGGGCUCCAAGAAGGCCGUGACCAAGGCGCAGAAGAAGGACGGCAAGAAGCGCAAGCGCAGCCGCAAGGAGAGCUACUCGGUCUACGUGUACAAGGUGCUCAAGCAGGUGCACCCCGACACCGGCAUCUCGUCCAAGGCCAUGGGCAUCAUGAACUCGUUCGUCAACGACAUCUUCGAGCGCAUCGCCGGCGAGGCGUCGCGCCUGGCGCACUACAACAAGCGCUCGACCAUCACGUCGCGCGAGAUCCAGACGGCCGUGCGCCUGCUGCUGCCCGGCGAGCUGGCCAAGCACGCCGUGUCCGAGGGCACCAAGGCCGUCACCAAGUACACCAGCUCCAAGUGAGCGCCCGGGUCGGGACCGCCGCCCCUCACCCCAAAGGCUCUUUUCAGAGCCACCCACGCUUUCACAAACAGAGCUGUGGCCGGGAGCUGGCGUGGA